GCCGCUUCCCACCAUCAUUCCCUUCGGCUCCUGGUUCCUGGUAGGUUCGGCAGCAGUGGGAGCGCGCAGGCGCGGCUGGAGGCUCGCAGAGCGCAGAGUAGCGGCGCGGAGCGCGCGGUAAGUGAGGUGUUGGCGCCGGGAUUGUGGCUGGGGAACCAGGUUCGCGCCGAACAUCCCGGCAAGAUUCGGGGAGUGUGCGGGGAAUCAUCAUCCAGGGACCUGCCAGAGACCACAAGAAAACAUGGGGAGGAUUUUCCUCACAGGAGAAAAAGCCAAUUCAGUAUUGAAACGCUACCCAAGAGCUAAUGGACUUUUUGAAGAAAUAAGACAGGGCAACAUUGAGCGUGAAUGCAAAGAAGAAAUCUGCACAUUUGAAGAAGCAAGAGAAGCUUUUGAAAAUAAUGAGAAAACUAAGGAGUUUUGGAACACCUACACAAAAGCCCAACAAGGAGAGAGUAACCGAGGAAGUGACUGGUUUCAGUUUUACCUUACCUUUCCAUUAAUCUUUGGCCUCUUCAUUAUCCUUCUUGUCAUUUUCCUAAUUUGGAGAUGCUUCCUCAGAAACAAAACUCGCAGACAGACAGUAACUGAAGGCCACAUUCCUUUCCCUCAGCACCUUAAUAUUAUCACUCCGCCUCCCCCACCAGAUGAAGUGUUUGAUAGCAGUGGAUUGUCACCAGGCUUCCUGGAAUAUGUAGUUGGGCGCUCAGAUUCUGUCUCCACUCGCCUAUCCAACUGCGAUCCUCCACCCACCUAUGAGGAAGCCACUGGCCAGGUGACCCUCCGGAGGAGUGAAACAGAACCUCAUUUAGACCCACCCCCAGAGUAUGAGGACAUCAUCAAUUCCAACUCAGCCAGUGCCAUUGCCAUGGUGCCUGUGGUCACCACCAUCAAAUGAAACUGUAACCUUUUUACUAUAAUCAUUUUUAAAAUACUAAUGAAAGAACUUUCUAGCACUUUACCACUACAUAAAUGUGCAUUGACUUAUUGUAUUGGACUCUGACAGCAUACCACUUCACAUUUUCUGAUUUUAUUUUCAUUAGAUUUGUUUCCGACUAUAAAAUCAUUAUCCAUGCUCAUUUUUGCUAAUCAAAAUAUGUGAAGAGGGAAAAACAUAUUAGUGGAGGUCUUUAUGUGAUGUGAUGAGGUACACAUAUGUGUGUAUGUAUUUCUAUGCAUACAUAUGCAUAGGCACAUCAGCCCAGUAUAUGUGCAAGUGUCUUAAAAAGCCAUUAACUUCUGUCUAAAUCACCUAUAAAGAGAACAUUACUCACCAAAAUAAGGGGGGGGGGACAGCAACAACUUGUACCAUAGCCAGCCACAUGCUGUUGAAUUUUGAAAAUAAGAUGAACUUAGUAUGUUUUCUAAUUCUGAUUCUUACUGGCUUUGGUUAACCUCCUUUUUCUUCAGCUACCUUAAAAAAUGCAUGUAAUCCACCUUGAUUUUAGAAACAUCUCAAAAGGAGAGAGGGAAGGCACAAUAAAUGAUAAUUUACUUAUAGUAUAUAGCAAGAAUACCAUUGGUCAUUAGUGGCAUUUGGGUAGUUUGGAGGAAUGAUUUUGUUAUUGUUGACUGCCUUCCCCUUAACUCCUAAAAUUAAACACUGUUUGCUUAGUGUCUGAAUAGCUCAUGCUAUUUGUAUUAACAUCUUGGUUAAAUACAGAGAGGAUCUCCUGGCAGCAGGAUAGUUUCUAAAGUAGUUAUAUGUAUUAAUGACAGGGAAGAGAUACAGAUUUCUCAUUUGCUCAUUUGUGACCAUAAUUAUUUUCUUUUUGCUGUUUCAGUGCCUUUUACUCUACUGUCUACUCCUUCUCUUACCACCACAGAAUUUGUAAGAACCCAAGAAUUUAGUAAAAAUCUUGAAAUUAUCUUCUUAGUUUUUAUAUAGACUGAAGUCUUUGCUUCAAGAUGAUUAGGAGGCGUUUUCUAUUAAAUUAAGAACUAUGAUUUUUGUAUUGCUCUCCAGUUGGAGGAAGAUUGCAAAGUCUGUUGUGCCAGGUGCACAUAGUUUCACAUAUUUUCAUUGUUGCUAUUUCAUUUUGUAUUUUCGUCAAAUUUUUUAAAGUGCAGGAUAUUUACUUUGCUCUUGGAGUAAAGGGAACAGGCUGUGAAUGAACUGCCAACAGAAACUGGCGCAGAAAGGAAAAGAGGGCUGUUCCAUUAAUAUAGGCACUGAUGGAAAAUUCAUUCUGUUGGUCAGGGAAAUAUCUCUGCCACUCCCAAGCCCCCUUAGUGUUGGAUAAAAUGGUUAAUGAGGCAGAAGGAGUACAGGUUUUGCAAGUGUCAGUCAUAUCCUGCCGCCUCCAUCUCCAUCCCUACAGACCGCCCCCCUCCAGUCCUUCCCUGGAACCCAAGGAAGGAGGAAUGCUGGGGGGAAACCCUGAACCAGGAGUCAGAUGACCCGAAUUCUAAUCCUGUUCUCUAAAAAAGGUACUUGCCCUGGUACCGUGGGAAAGACCCAUAUCUACACCUCAGAUUCUUGAACUCUGAAACGGAUAAUGUCAUUUAUCCUGCCCUUCUCCAGGGGCUUUAAAAGGAUCUAAUGAGAUGGUGUGUAUGAAAAUAAUUCUUUAGAUGUGAAGAGCUGUCUGCGUGUAAGGUCAUAGCAUUGCUCUUAUUGUGCUUAAGGGAGAAUUUUCUCCCUGUUUCCCUAAAAUUUAUCAGAGGCUUCACAUAGUGAGAAGUAGAGUAGACUGCUCCAUAAAUGGCUAACGUGUUCCUGAUCCGAGUAUCUUGCUGUUAAACUUCUGUCACUCUGGUCUAUCCCAGUGCUGUGCCAAUUUAAGAGACGACAGCCAGCUUAUCACAAACAGGAUUAAGAAGAUAUUGGAAAGGAAACUAAGAUGUAUGUGUUUAAGAUGUAUGUAGUUAAUAGGUUUCAUAUCUUUCCUGAACUAAGAAUUAAUAAAUCUUGACCCUCAUCUCAGUAGAAAUGACAAUAUUAAUUUGAAUUUGGCCAUGAGCACAUGGUAACUUUUGGCUUCUAGUUGUAGCUGAAAGUGGGAGUGUUUGAUCCAGUGACGUGUGUGUGUGUGUGUGUGUGUGUGUGUGUGUGUGUGUGGUUAUUUUGGCUCUUUUUUAAAGGAAAAUUAAGGUUCCUUUUUUAUGGGCUUUUUUUUUUUUUUUGAUUAUUAACAUUAGGCCUUACAUUAAACCAGCAGUUUUUAAAGUGUGGCUGGCCCAUGAACCCCUGGGAGCCCUUGAGAGAAUUUUAGGACAUCUGUGAGAUCAAAACUAUUUUCAUAAUAAUACACAGCCAUUAGUUGUCUUUUCACUCUCUCAAAAAGAAGUUGAAAAUGCAAAACAAUGCCAUUUCCGACAAAUCUUUUUUUCUGUUUUAGGAAAUAUAGCUAUUUUCUUAAAAAUGUUAUUUAUGUUAGCAUGUAAUAGACUUUCAUUUUUAAAUAAAUGCUUACAGUUUUUUUUAGUUUUAUUUUCUAAUAUGGCAAAUAUUGAUGGAUAUAAACUCUAUAAACAAAAGCUCUUUGGCAUCCCGAUCUCUAAUAAAUUUUAAAGAGUAUAAAGGGGUCUGGAGACCCAAAGUUUUAGAAUUACAGGGUCAAAGGAGCAGGAUGUUCUAUUACUAUGUAUAUACUUGCAACUUUAUCUUACAUUUUAAAGUCUUGAUAUUGGAUUUAAUGCUGCCUCUUAAUGAUACCUGAAUUGCAGUAUAAGAAUGGAUAUUGAUUCUUGAAGCAGAAGCCAAACACUUAAUCAGUUGAUACAGCUUUUUGGCCUGUUGGUCCAAGACAACACACUACUCUGUAGUGAUACUGAUACUAGCCACAGAUCUCUGGCAGCAUUCGUGUGAUAAAGACAGGAUAACAAAAUACCACUUUCUUCAAGAAACAUUUCUUAGUUCGUUUUGCUUGAUUUUGAUUUGGGUUUUACAUUUUUCAAAACCCUUUUGCUACCCCUUCUGGUUUUAUAAACUGAGUUUCUUAACAUUUGUUAUAAUUAAAGGGGCUUGUCUGGAAUAAUAUUUUUUAUGCUUUUGCCUUUCUUACACGAUUGAUAUUACAUUCACCUUUGGUCGUUUUUAAUAAAGGUUUAUUUUUGCAGAUAUAUUUAGUACCUUUCUUAAGCAGUAAUUAAGUUGAAUCAACCAGUUUGCAUUUAAAUGAGAGAAUGGGCUUCAUAGUCUUCCAAUGGAAUGAUUUCCAGGCCUCCAUGAUGCAGUGGUUGUGUAUGGGAUCCCAGAACUGGCACUUUCUGCCUUUCUGCUUGGAAUGUCACAAUGAAUUAUAUGUGUUUAAAGUAAACUCAAGGAUUUCUUUUUUUCUUAUUGACCAGUACAAAUACAAAUGUUGUGUUUGAUUCAUUGUUAAUGAUGACUUCAAGAUUGAUGAUGUGAUACAAUAACUGUGGAGGUAGCUUUAACUUGGUUCUGUGUAAAUAGCAUGUGUUUUAUUAUAAUUCACAUUUUUAAACACUUGGUUUACAUUAAAUUAUGAUAUUUAACUAUUUUUAUGUUUAUACUAGGUAAGGUUUUUCUUAUGUUUCUGUGUUUUUGGUAUGCUAAAUAAAGCUAUUUUUAA